AUGUCGAUAGACAAGAGCAGCAAUGGAGGGCAGGCUAUUGUCCGUCCGCCCGCGCAUCCGGUUCCGCAAUUACAAAAUCCAUUCGAGGAGUCGAUGCUGGAAUCAAUAAGUGAUCAGAUGGCGGAAGAGGUCCCUACUGAUGCCAUGACGCGGCGAACAAUGCUUCUCGAGGCGCCCACCUAUCAACGGGUUAUUGCGGGCAGGUGGAAGCAGAAACCAGGCGAGAAAUAUCACCCGUUGUGGAAACUCGUGGCACAAUUAACUUUUGGAAUGCAUCUGUUAUCACAGAACAUGGCCAUCUCAGAAGAGGAGGUCAUGAGGAUCCUGCAAUCCCACGUCGACGAUAUCGAUGCCUUCCUAGAACGCACCACAGAAGACUUCGAUCUUGCACAAAGCGAUAUCCACGAGAGAAUACGUUGUCUCAAGCUUCCACUCGCACAUGGAGAAGUAUUUGAUCGAAUGCUGGAGGAUCGAGCGUUUCGCGCAUCGAUCCUCGAUGGAAACGAAAAGAUCGACCACGUCAUUGGCCGGACCAAGAAAGCGGCAAAGGAUGCACUAAAGGACGUCCAGAAGGGAUUCGAUGCAACCAAUGUCAUGGAAAAAUACCUGUCCAAGUUAAGCUCAACAUGGAGGAGAGAAUCGCCCGAGCAUGAAGCUGUUCUAGUGGCUAUGCUUGGGAAUGUUGAAGGAUGGCGCCGAGCUUUCUUGGAGUUGCAUUUACAAGGAAACAAAUUGGCUGGGUCUCUGAAGAAGCUUGCGGAGGUGGUUUCCGAGAUGCAGCAGAGAGCUGCGACGGUCAGCAGAAAUCUUGUGGCUAGAGCUCAGAAGACGAAACACAUUACUUCACAGGAUGCUGGUCGUGUGCCAUCCCAGUUAGGAUCCAUCGCCGAACACAAACCGCUACCGAGUGAACCAGGUCGACAACACUCGACGAGAAAUUCAUCUCGGAGUACUCAACUCACUAGCUUCUCCAGUCGACCAAAUAGCGGCCAGAAGUCAAGUCAAGGAAUGACCUCGCAAACACAGUCUCUCGGUCAUCAAUCACCGCAAUCCUCAGAACCAAGAAGACCAGGCCACGCAGAAAUGCCUGGACGCUCGUUUUCAUCCGAGGUGAUGGCGAUCGAAGGGCCGCAGUAUGCUGCAGACCGAAUGCGUAGCCUAGGCGGAUUGCUCAUUCAACCCAGCGAGGAGCUGCUCGUUGAGCUUCCGGCCGACGUCCCUGAAGAUGCGCUCCGACAAGCACCGGUCUCGAUCAAGAACCGAUUGAGUAUGACACUAGGGCUGAAGCCAAAGGACAAUGCAAGUCACCGCAUCUCCAGUGUCUACUAUCCCAAAGCAUUGGGUGAUCUCUUGAAAUCUCCUGCGAUAUCUUCGUUAUUACUUACACCACAGGCUGGAAAAUCGAUGGGCACACCUGUGCAGGCCAUGAUAUCGCCUGUCAUGUCGGAAGGCGAAGCUGGGUUCUUUCUCUCCCACGAGCAAAGCCCCUCGAUCGGAUUUUUCAACACGGAUUACAAGAAGGGCGCCGACUCUGCCAAAGCGUCUCCAGCAGCUGCUCAAGCAUCGGCUCGAGCUUCGAUAGUGGAUCCAUCUAGGCCGGUAACGCGUCGGUCAUCAAUUCCUAACCUGGCGUUUACUUCGCACCCCGUUGUGAUGGCUAUGGCAUCUCCUCCGGUCGAGCUUCCGGCCCCGGUUGAGCCAGCGGCGAGGGAAGAGCGGUCAAACUCUUCCGCAUCGAGGAAAGGCUCCCAACUCUCAAGCCUGGGGGAACCUGGGCCAGAGCUGAACGAGGCUGAAAUGACACGGUCGGCCUCUGAAUCGGCGUUGGAGACGAGAAUUCUUAUUGACACAUCCACCGUUACCGUUGCUAUUGUGCCGGCGUCUGCUGAGGAGACCUUUGCAGCUGCACAGCAAAAGGCCGAGAGCGAUACGCAGAAUCAGCUCCAAAGCCAAUUGGAGAUGUCAACAGAAAACGCAGUCAAGGCCAUACAAGAAGGCGUGGCAGUGCCUUUGCGCCCGCAAUUGACGGCUACAGCACCUCCGCCGACCGAAGAGGUGGGACAUGCCGAUGAAGGAAAAAUACAAGUUGCCGUUGGAGCACCCGCUAGAGUUGAAAGCGAAGAUUCAGCUCAAGCAAAUUCCGACGACACACCAAAUGAUAUGCUUGCUCAGAAAGUUGACGGCCCCAGUCCGAAGACAGAAUUCAUUGCCGAGUUAGAAGCCAUUGUUCCCAAACCUCUUUAUUUCAAGCCGACGAAAGAUUUUGGACUGGUGGAAUUGGAAGCUCCGCACCAAACAUUCAAGCUGCCUCCGAGACCCGUUGCAGUCACUGAGAAUUCAGAAAAAGAAGCUCCUGGCGCCAGUCAAGGCCAGCGGGAAGACUUCAUCAAGCUGCCGACCGAAGUUACGACUAAGCCUGGCAUGAAGCCCAAGGACUUUGGAAACUCGGACACACCAGAGCCGAUCCGACCCUUGAAGUUGAAACUCACCAAGAAAGAUGGCAAGAUUGUCCCUGUCCAGGUCUCCAGCCCUGGCGAAAGUUCGAAAUCAUCGGUGGGGAGUCCUGGCCCCAAGCUCAAAAUAGAUAUCGUUGCAGACAUCAUUGAGAGACUCUCGUAUACACCGCCGGGUUCACCUAUCCAUGCCAGGUCAGCUUCGAGCGUCUCUUCAAAUUCAGCGCAGCGCUGGUCACACCGAUCAUCACGCUCGCUGGGACCACCAGAGCAGGCUCCGGCGCCGCCCGCUCCGGGAGGUCGACCGAUGGUGGAACCCGACUUCGCCACGGCGGGACAGUUUGAGGGGGAGCGCAAGCAAAAGAAAAAGAAAACCAGCAAUAUGAGUGGAGGGAGCAAGAGUGGUUGGAAAAAUCUGUUCCGGGGAAGCAUUGCGGACAACAGUAGUGCCGGCGGCGCACAGAGUUCAGAAGGAGGUUCCAUAAAAACGAUGACAACGGCAACAACGACCACGAAUGCUUCUGCGUCAGCAUCAAGAUCAGGCGCAGAGGCAGUUCCGCCCACCCAAGCGGACAUGAUGACAACGUCUGGCAAAGACGUGCUUUGGUUCAGGGGCGAUACGAAGAAAUGA